UGCUUUUCUCACAGUACAUGUGCAUUCUAUAUUUUCGUUUGAGUUUAUUUACUUUUUGGACUGAAUUGAAUUGAACUGGCCUGGCUUGUGUUUGCCAUGAACAUCAGCGAGGAUUUCAAGCCCGUGCCAACACGGGCGGCACUUGCGGCUCAGAAGAAACAGGCCAACUGCGAAUUCAAGGCAAUGGUUUUCCAGGAGCCGCAAUACCAUCAGUCGAAAUCAACUUCGAUGCCAGACAAACAGCAAAACAAGUCCGGAGAUGAAGCUGCGCAAAAGAGGCCCCACAAGUCGGACAAAGACUCUGCCGACACUAACCCAGAGUUCGACAUCAAAAAAGCCCGGCAUGAGGUGCUCAACUUUGCCAUGAGCAAUCAGCGUGUGACCAAGAAUAAGCGUAAGAUGGAGAUUUUCCAACUGAUCAAGCUCGGCGCCAAGCCACCAAAGAAGGCGGCCAGGAACUACAAGGAGCUGAAGGACGAGCGACAGCGCCUAAAGAACAUACGGGAGGAGCGAAAGAAGUUUCAUCAGCUGGGAAAAAAUCAAACUGGAGCAGCUAGUGUCAAGUGCCGAAGCAAAAACAACGAGGAACGCAAGCAGAAGAAACGCGCGCCCGUUUCAAACAUCGAUCAGCACUAUGGCAAGGCCCAGCCUAAAUUCAAGAAGAGAAAAUAGCCAGAAUGUCCAGAAUAAACCUAAUUUAGUUAAAUUGA